AUGGAUCUAAACUGCUCUCUACUUUUUAAGCCUUCAAAUCCUCCAAUUGUUGACACAACAAUCAAAGAUCAAAAACUGAUAAGCUCAAUUUUACCAAUAAUUGAAGCCAAAAAACGUAUUAUGCAUGCAUUUAAUGAUUUAGAUGAUAUAUUCCUUAAAGGCCCGAUUUUGUUUGAAGAAAUAAUUUUAUCUAAUUUUAAUAUUUUUCGUUUAGUUGAUAAUUUUUCGCCAAAUCCAAUCCCAAUACCUUUUAAUGAAUUAAAAAGUUGGGAAUCUUCAAUACAAAAUGAAGGAAUAUUUAAUAGUAGAUGUCAAAAAGCUAUUCUUGUUGACAGACUUUUGCUGGUUGGUAUAGCUAAAUCUAUGCCUGUUUUUGAAAAAUUGACUUUAUCUGAUCAGAUUGCACUUCUAAGGCAUAUUUCUUAUGUGUUUAUAUCAUUUACUGGCUCUUACCUAGCUUCAGAAUUAGGCUCUGAAACAUGGACACGUAAAGAUAAUGUUAUGCCAGCUCUCGGUGUUAUAAAGAAUGAUGUAUUUCUACAUGAUCAUCGAAUGAUUAAAUGGUCAGAUUAUGUAUAUACAAAAUCUGUUGCUCACUUCAAAAGUUUAGUGUUAACAAAAAUUGAAUAUGCUUUAUUGUUAGCUAUUAUUCUUACGAAAGCGGGUAAAAAUUUAUUUGUAGAGGCGAACUCAAAAUUGACUUGCCCGGUUAUAGUUCAAAUCAGGGCUCGAUCUCUGUCCCGAGGAAGGGAAUUACCCGGGGAACGGAGGGAGGUCUCCACCCCCCCCUUCCAGAACCACCGUUCUCCGUCUCGGAUGUUCGAAUUCAUUCGCAACCCCCAUUCCCCAAACCCGAAUUUCACGUACGAUUAG